AGAACCAUGAAGACCAACAUUUGGAACAUAAAGGAAAUGUUAAACAUACCGUUGGGAUCUGGAGGAUCCAAGGUGUCCAGUAAGAGCGGAACCAGCAGUGAUUACUCAAGCUUAACAGAUUCUCAGUUUCUACUGGGAUCUCAGUUCUGGCCAGAAAAUUCCCAAGCCAUAUCACAGGAUGUGUCUUACUCUUCAAGGAACAUCAAACAAAAUUCUGAGGAGGGAAGUGAGUUGAGAGUUUCUGCCAAUUAUCAUGCAAAGCCUUACCUGUUUGGUGGAGACACAGAAACUCUCAGUACCACCAACAGUAAACCUACCAUUGGUAUGCUAGAUAGGUUUGAAGAGGACAAAAAAAGAGCAAAAGACAAAUCAGAGAGUGAAACUAUCCAUCAUGAGUUUUUGAAGUUGCACGACUCCCUCGAAAAGGUAAUACAUCUGUUGGAAAACGUAAAUGACAGCGGUGACGCCACACACAAAGGUCUUGUGGAAGGAAUAAAUGGUCUUACAAGGACAAUAAAGGAAAGCAUGGCCAGUGUGCGGGAUGGCAUUACACCUCAGAUUGAGGCAGUGAUCACAAAAUUGAACUCUCAGAGUCAGACACUCAAAGAAAUUGAAGAGAGAGAGGCUAAGUUGGUCACUGCUACAAAAGACCUGAGCACCCAUCUGCAGGAUUUGCAGCGAAACAUGGAUAGUUUGAAGGUGGAGCAUGGCCAAGAGCAGACUGUGCUAGCAGAAAUGCAGUCCCUACUCUCAGCCACAGUGGAGGCCCAGUCCCAGAGAUCUGCCUCCAGGCCGGUUCAGAUGGUCAGCAGCGAGGUCCAGACCUCCCCUGGCUUGGUGGAGCAGUUCAGUGUGCUGAGUGAAGACCACCUAGGUCCUAGUGCCACCCAUCUUCUUGCCAAACCCUCAGAGCCCACUGUAGCUCUGAGUUCCUCCACCAAGCAAACCAAUGCAAACUAUGACCAGACAGUCCCGACCAGGGCCGCCUUGCAUCCUCUCCCCACCAACCAGGAGGAACGAGUCAUGCAUGUGGCAUCUGAUGGAUUGAACGAAAGCCUUUGGCAGCAGAAGUUCUGCAUACAGGCGCUUAAGGCAGCUGGGGAUGGAGACAUAGUCUCUGGCUCUGACCUGCCGGAGCCCAGACGGCAGUAUGCACUGAGACAGCGAGUCAUGCAGAGCUCUUGCUCUCAGGGAUACUUGCAGGAGGAUUCUCAAAUGGUGGCCAUUGCUGACAAACCCCAAGAUAGAGUACUGCCUGCCAGAGAAGAGGUUAUGACAACCAACUUCUCCAUGUGUGGUGGGACUCAGAAGACACGGUCGAAGAAGAGGCCCAGAGGCAAGACGAGGGCCCUGAUUCCACAAAAUGUUCCAUCUGUCUAUAGGAGGGCCGGACAAGGAAAUGGUUUCCACAAGUCAAGACUAGAUCACCAAGAGGAAGAGGAGGAGGAGGAGGAUGAAUUAUCUCCACUGUACCAGACCAAGAACAAAGCAUUCCGUGAGAACUUCAAACCAGCCUUCAAGCUGAAGGAGAAUAAACAGGUUAGCAUGCGUAAUGAUAAUGGCAGACAGCAUGUGUGGAACAUGUGGUCACAGAACACUAACAGUAUCCAGCACCGGUCAGCCUGUGAUGGGAUAGACAGGAAACCAAAAGCAAAGGCUAAGGCUAAGGCUAAAGCCGGGGUUCCUCAGAAGGCCGAGGAAGGCCUCUGGAAUCUUUUUGACUUUGAUGACUCUGACUGACUUUGAAGGCUCCCUAGGCUGUAGCACAAAUUGUUCAGAUGUUCAGCCCAUGGGUGUUCACAAUAUGUCAGCUUUAUAAGAGAAAACAUAGGUGGAUGAAAAAAGGACAUUUUGAGUUUCUGUAAGAGAGUGAUAAUUAGUUUGAAAGAAAAAAACAAACAAACAAAAACAACUAUGAUACUCAGGCAAAUUAAUGUAUUUGUAUGAUUUUGUUCUCUGUCAAGCAAAUAUUUUUUUCUGUUUCAGCAAUAAAUAUAUUUCUACAUAAAAAACA